GGAACGUUUAACAGCAAGCUUCGUUUUCUCUCCGGAUCGUUGUUAGUUGUCGAACCAACAAGGCAAGCGGGAUGGAAGUAAAGGACGCCAAUGCUGCUAUGCUAAGCAAUUAUGAGGUCUAUCAGUUACUGACAGACCUGAAAGAAAAAAGAAAAGAGAUGGUUAAAAAUAAGCACAGCACGGGACAGCAGAAUCUCAACACCGUCAUGUAUGAGACCCUGAAGUACCUCUCCAAGACGCCGUGUGCUCAUCAGAAUCCAGACACCGUGAAGGAGUUCCUCACUGCUAUGUUGCCUCACAAGCUCACUAAAGCUGAGAAGUUGCAGCUCCUUAACCACAGACCUCAGACUGCUGUUGAAAUCCAGCUGUCUCUACUGACCCAACUGCCUGAAUAUAAGAUGUCAGUACGUGGCUGCAACAUUGAGCUCUUGUAA